GCUCAAACUACAUCAGUGUUUUAUAUUGGAGUAGUGGGAUGUAUGGGGGAUAAAAACGAUUGUUGCCCAUUUCAAGUGAUUAGUACAACCACAACCGUUACAGCAACAGCAACAGCCGCUGGAGCUGGCCCUCCCACAACUAAAUUCGAUUUUCCUUCUGCAAGCGCAACUGAUCAAAUUACCCUGCCGGACUGCCCGGCCGACUACCAAACCAUCUCAUCCUCCUUCUGCUGCCCUUCGGGAUACUUACUCUGGGACACCCUUCUCGGAGGAAUCACACCGUGCUAUAGCACCACAUCUAAUUAUUUAACACCCCCGCCUAUUCCCGUAUCUUCGACCACAAACAUUGGAUCUUCGGUAGGUCCGGAGACAGUCACUAGCACCGUCAUUAACGUCGUCUAUGCAAUGAACUACCCAGUCAAGAGCCGUCCGUCCGGUCUUAGCAAAGGAGCGGAUGCGGGUGUUGGUGUCGGUUCGGUGGCUGCAGUGGCUUUGGCAGGUUCUGCAUUACUCUGGUUCUUUUUUAGGAGAAGGCGUGGGGAGCACGGGGAGCAUGGUGAGCAUAGUCCAUAUUUUGGCAGGGGAAGAUCGCCGCGAGAUUUGGGUUCAUCGCCUUCAACCGUACCGACACCGUAGAAUGGAAUUCCAUUUGGUCGAUCUGUCGCUUAAUCAAACGGGAAAAAGUAAAACGACCCCCCCCCCGGUGUCGAUUGGGGGUGUCGAUGGGGGGCGCACUAACCGAAAUCAG